ACAGAGAUUAGUUUCAAGAGGAGAGCCUGGAGCACAGCGGAGUGCUUCCUGCAGCUGAACUACAGUGUGAAUCCAGUCAACACAGGUUUUCUGUCAUGGGUCAGCUCCUCUCUGGUACACCUAAGAAUGACGACAAUGGAAGUUUGGUGUCCAGCUUCACUGAAUAUUUUAAGAAUUAUAAGCCAGAAAACAAAAUCAUUUCUGAGGAAACCAUCAGUUCAGUUGAGUUACACCUGAAAAGAAGAAACAACCAGGAAGCAAUCUCUGUAAUCAAUGAUGCAUUAAAGAACAUUGAUAUAGCCCCAAUAAAUGUUGCUGUGACAGGACAGUGUGGAGCAGGGAAGUCCAGCCUCAUCAAUGCCCUAAGAGGAGUUAAAGAUGAAGAAAAAGGUGCAGCUGACACUAGGGUAACAGAGACAACCAUGAAGAUAAUGCCAUACGAACACCCCAAGAUUAAAAAUUUGACUUUAUGGGAACUGCCUAGCUUUAGAACUCUGACCCUUCCACCAAAAUGUUACCUAGAAAAAGUAGAAUUCAAGAAAUAUGACUUUUUCUUUAUUGUUUCUUCAGUAAAACCUACAACACAAGAAGUAGACCUUGCCAAAGAAAUUAGAAUUAUGAAAAAGAAUUACUACAUUGUGAGAACAAAGGUGGACCGUGAUCUGGACCAUGAAAAGAAGAACAAACCACGUACCUUUAACAGAGAAAAUACCAUGGAGAAGAUUCGAAGUUCCUAUCUGCGAGCCUUUAGAGACAUUGGUGAACCUAGGAUUUUCUUGAUAUCUAACCACAAUUGGUCUGACUAUGAAUUUCCAAUCCUGAUGGAAUCCCUGAUACAGGAUCUUUCUGCUGAAAAGCCACACAAUUUCAUUUUUCGCCUGUCUAAUGUUUCUGAGGCAGACAUUGAAAGAAAGUACAACUAUGCUAAGCAGUUAAUCUGGUUGGAAGCCAUGAAGGAUGGAUUUUGCUCUACUGUUCCUGUAGUGGACAUCCUCAGGAACAGUGAUGUGGAGAAGCUGAAGACAAGUUUAAACCACUAUAGGGAUCUCUUUGGAGUGGAUGAUGAAUCCCUGGAGUUCAUGGCUAAGGAAGCCCAAGUGCCUGUUGAACAACUGAAGAAAAAACUUAAAUCUCCUUAUUUGUUGGAAACUGACAAAGAGGAAACAUUAGGAGGAAAGCUUUUGAAGUAUGUGAAGGAAUUUGCCUCAGCUAAUGGUGGGCUCCUGGCAACAGGGCUUUACCUUAGGAAAAGCUUUUACUUGCACUUUUAUUUCCUUGACACAGUGACUGAAGAUGCAAAAGUUCUCCUUGGAGAGGCAUCUUCAAAAAACUAGCUCAAACUUGGCUCACCCACAGCUGCUGACAACUACAAAACCAAAGAGGUAAUAUUAGGAACUCAUUAGACAAAUACCUCCUCUGACAUCUUUUCUUUACAUGAGCCAAUCAACUGCCACCCUGGCAAAACCUGAGGAUUAGGGUCAUGAUUAUCAAUAAGUCAGAACUGACAAUACAACUCCAUACACAUGCUUGUAUACACACACACACACACACACACACACACACACACACACAGUGAGCUGUGUCAUUUCUGUACUUCCUUAGAAUGAUUUUCUAUUGCAACUUCAACCUCUCUGGAACUUGUACACAAUUAUUCUUUCCUUUUUUGCAUCUUGCCUUUAUGUGUUCAUUGUAUCUCAGGAGAUACACACACACACACACACACACACACACACACACACACACCUGAGCAUUCUCGUCCUCACUAAGCCUGGGUUAGAGAGUGAUUAGCAUGACUUAUAGAGUUUAGCAACAGGAAGACUUAAGACCAAAGUCAAAAGAAACCAGAACCACUGAUCAUAAGUUUGCUAUUAACCAAUCAGUUCCUACAAUCAUCAGCAUCCUUCUAGAGACAAUAAAGAGCAUCUAUAAUUCAGUGCCAGGACCAGUUCAGAAUCCUGAGUUCCCCAUCUCUGUCAUUACUUAUCUGGGCUGGGAUCAUGAAGGACUUCUUUAAUCAAUCUAUGACACCACAUAAUAACACUUAAUAAAUUGUUGAUUACAAA